AAGUAUUUUCACACUCAUAUUCAAAGCAAUAUCAAAGAAACAAAGCAAGAAGAAGAAAACCAGAUAGAAAAAUGUCGGGAAUCAUGCACAAGAUCGAAGAAACCCUUCACAUGGGAGGGCACAAGAAGGAAGAAGAGAAACACAAGGGAGAAGCUCAUCACGAAGGCGGCCAUGGCCAUGGUUAUGGCGCCGCUGAGCACAAGGGAGAAGUUCAUCACGAAGGCGGCCAUGGCUAUGGUUAUGGCGCCGCUGAGCACAAGGGAGAAGUUCAUCACGAAGGCGGCCAUGGCUAUGGGGCCGCUGCGGCCGCCGGUCACGGUCACGGCGAGCAGCACAAGGAAGGGUUUAUGGAUAAGAUCAAGGACAAGAUCCACGGCGAGGGAGGUCAUGAACCUGGUCAUGAGGGCGAAAAGAAAAAGAAGAAGGAGAAGAAGAAGCAUGAAGAUGGCCAUGAAAGCAGCAGCAGCAGCGACAGUGAUUAGAUCUUCCAUCAUCGUCUUAGUAUUCCUCUCCCUUAUGGUAUCGGGUGCAUGGAAUGAAUGUGAAGGCUUGUCAAAAUAUUUGUAUCAUCUUUAUUUUUAUAUGCGGAGAAAAUGAAAAGAAAAAAAAAAGUAAAAAAAGGGGUUGUCUGUGGUGUAUGGUAUUAAUAGCGUGUGAUGUAUUUGACAAGCUAUGAAUGUACUAUGAUAUGAGAAUAAAUUUUUGUCUUUAUCUA